GUUAUUAAAUAUUUUGUAGCCUUAUCAUUUCGGUCUAAGCAACGCUAUAAUCAGAUUAUGUGAUAUAUAGUUUUGGUGCAUUGCAGAGUUUCAACAGUUAAGAAGAUGUAUGAAAGAACAAUAGCAAAGUGUCUGGUACGAUUAUUACUCAUCUACCGGGGCGGGUGUUCCGCUUUUUAGUCCACUGAGCAGUCCUUGUGCAAAGGGCGCAUUUACACUUUUACAGCUUUUGAUAGAUUCCCGCUCGCUCACGACAAAGAAAAUUCGGAGGCUGUAACCGGAAGUACAGUUUAGGAGGAAAAGUUAGCUGGCUGAUUAGCCAGACAGAAAUCUCACAUUCCUUUGAAAAUAUACAGGGAAAGGGUGAUGACAACAUCCAUUUAGGGUACAGAUAGACCUACCGUUGAAGAAUAAAUAGAAAGGGGCCGGUUGAGGACGAUAACCCGUGUCAUCGAAGUAGAGAGAGGCGAGGAAGUAACGUUAGCCCUCUACAACCUCUGGCUAGCUACCAACUGUAGGGAGGCUGCUAGCCAGCAAAAAUAUAGACAGUAAAAAGACAACAUGGCUGACUCCAGCGGCAGUAAACCCUUCAUGGUGACGUCCUCCAUCAACCUCAAAGUCACCACCCCCUCCUUCUACAAUCAGCCAAAGAAGUUUGCCUCGGUCAACCCGCCACGCCCCAAAAGCCAGUCCGACCCGUCGCCUCCCCCGGGCUCAACUCCUCCAUCAGGUCCCUCUCCUCCCCCCAGUCUGGUCUCCUCAACACGCGGUGUCGGCACAGCUGUCAUUGGUCGAGUUGGCGUGAUGCCUCCACCCCCACCAUCGCUCUGCGAAGACUUCCCGCCCCCUCCUCCUCCGUUGGACGAUGAGCUUCCAGCCCCUCCCCCGAACUGUGCAACCACACCCCCAGCCUCUGAUGCCCCUCCCCCAGCCUUCCCCCCCCCUCCCGCGGUGGAUGACCUGCCCCCCACCCCGCCUGAGGAGAAUGCCUGUCUCCCCCGUUCCCCGUCUCCCCCUCCUCCACCACCCCCUCCCCCUCUCCCAGUCUCUGGUCCCAGCAGUGUCCUCAGUGCUGGGGAGAACUCUCUGCGUCUGGCAAAGCAGACUAGUUUUGACAAACAGCUGGACUCGCUGACUGACCUGCUGUCUGAGAUGGAGACCAGAGGACCCUUCAACCCCAAGUUGCCCAGUCAGUACUCAGGUCCUCCUCCUCCUGCCCCCAAGCCUGCAGGUCCUCCCCCCACUGCUCCCAAGCCCAACCUCUCCUUCCUCCCCCCUCCAGAGAUGGGAGACAAGCCCCCUCCCGCUCCCUGGGCCGAGGAGCUCAAACUCCGAACGACACACAGACAAGCCAAUAACCCUACAUCCACCCCAGCUCCUGCUCCUGCCCCACAGCCAUUUGCUAAAGCCCCAGUCGUGGCUCCUAAGGCUUUUGGGGGCAUGAAAACGGGGACAUCCGUGCCUCCUGUGGUGCUGAAGAACCAGAACCACGCCCCGGCUCCAUUUGGUGUUGCUCCUAAACCUUCCCCUGCAGCCAGCUCCUUCCCUCCUCCUCCUGCCGCUCCUCCUGCCCCACCAGCCAACAAAGUGGCUCCCCCAGCCUUCAAUCAUUCAAAGCCCUCUUCCAUUGACUCUCAGAUGACUGUGAGCCCACCCCCUCCUGCUCCCGUGCCCCCUCCUCAGCCCAAAGCGAUGACAUCACCACCUUCUUCUUACAGCCAGCCAAUGAAAUCUCCCCCUUCAACAAAGCCCUCGCCCCCUGGGCCUGUCUCUGUCCCAGGUGGAGGUGUUCCUCUCUCCAUGAGGGAGGUGGAGGAGCUGGAGAGAAUGACCAAUGCAUUCAUCAAAGACAUGGACACACACGCUCCCGUCAUCACCUCAGCACCUACAGAGGUAUGUGGUAAGUGUGGUGAGGCUCUGUCUCGUUCCCAGCCUGCAGUGAGAGCCAUGAACAAACUCUUCCACUCUGACUGUUUCUGCUGUAUGAGCUGCCAUCGCCCCCUGCAGGGCAUGCAGUUCUACGACAAGGACGGGACGCCACAGUGUGACGACUGCUACACUAGUUCUCUGGCGGUGUGUUCUCGGUGCGGGGAGCGUAUUACAGACCGUGUGUUGAAGGCGGUGGGCCAGUGUUUCCAUGCCCAUUGUUUCCGCUGCUGCACCUGCGCCUGCAGCCUGGAGGGGGCGCCCUUCAUCACCGACGACAACAACAACCCAUACUGUGUCCCAGACUACCACAGGCGUUUCUCUCCCCUCUGUGUGAGCUGUAAUGAGCCCAUAGUUCCUGACGCCGGCAGUCAAGAGACCGUCAGAGUCGUGGCCCUCGACAAGAACUUCCACCUCAAGUGCUACCGCUGUGAGGAUUGUUCCCGCCCCCUCUCCAUAGAGGCGGAUGCAAACGGCUGCUACCCAUUGGACGGCAGGAUCCUGUGCAUGAAGUGCCACACCCAGCGGGCCAAGGCUAUGCAGUGAUUGGUGGACACAUCUGUUAUUCAAGUCAAACUUUGAACCAAAUCCAAGACAGGAUCCAUUCAGCUUCCACCGUUCUGUCUUUGCAACAGAGCUUUACUGUGUGUGUGUGUGUGUGUGUUAAUGAGUGAAAGCGAGUAUGUUUGCAUGCAGAUGUGUCGUUAUGUCUCUCUCCUCUUUCUGCUUAUUCCCCCUCUCAGUCCAGAGGUAAUGUACUGCACUGAGAGACUCCAUUCCUCCUCCCCUUGUGUUAAUGCCAGUGUUAUCAAGGCCAUUUUUUGUUUACGCUAAAAUUCCCAGCAUGACUUGCACAAGUAUAGCUAAGUCAUGGGCUGUGUCCCAACAGUCAAAGAUGGUUUCCUCUCCUCUUCUCUCUCCACUGAUAGGAAACAUGUUGAGAAGGUUUCAGCCAUACAACUUUGAUUUGUCUUUCACUUUUUAGUGGUGUGGAAGUAUUUGAGACAUAGUAACAGUAAGGUGAAGUUGCCCCUAAAUGCUGAUCUUGGGUCAGUUUUGCAACGCCCUGACCCCAGUGCACGAGGAGUUGAACUAAAGUUGAAGGUGGACUAAUUCAUGUUCCCCUGCACCUCCCAUAGGGCUGAGCUCUGGUGGGCUGGUGGCACCUGAAGCACUUUGGAGUGCCUGCAAACAUACAAGUUGCUUAACUGCCUUUAGUGUGCUUUCUAGAGAACUACAUAUCCCAUCAGACAUGAUGUAGCAGAGCAGUGUGCUGUGGGAAAUGUAGUUCCUCUAGGGCAAAAACUGAGUGCAAAAAAACAAACAAAAAUAUGUGAAUGUCGCUCUCUUUUGUUUUUGUUGUGUGCGUUUGUUGCUUUAUAGGCAUGCAUAGCUACAGAUCACUGUCGGUUACUCUCACCAGUUUAUCAAGCACAGAAUGAGGGUACAAUACGAUCAAAAUGACUAUUUAUUUCUUUGUCAAAAGAAUAGAAUAUUUAAGAUCAUGAUUAGAGACACUACCAAGAACAAAGGUCAAAAGUUUGCCAAGCACAGAUUCCAUUCCUAUGAUCUCAUGUUAAAUAGAGUGCUGUAGUUUAAAGAGGACCGCAUGGCUUAGAACAAACUACGCUCCAGGCAGAAGUUGCUCUUAACCGCUAGGAUCAGAUUACCCUAUCCCUAAUCUUAAUUUAAAGGGGAUGGAGGGAAAACAUCAGAUCCUGGAUCAGUAGUUAGGGGCAACUUCCAGGACCUAUAGUAUAAUCCUAUCAUCCUCAAUGAAGCGCUCUUGAACGCAUACUUAUCUAGUGUGCAGGCGAGUUAAGAUAUCUAAUGAGUAACAUAGGUAUAGAGAUAUUACCUCUCAUUAAUUCAAUUCACCUAAAGGUAAACUCAUGGAUUUUUGCACUAUACACCUGCAUUUACAAAUGCUUAGUAUUUUGGGCAUUUACAGCUCUCUGAAUAACAUAAUAUAACUGACUCUGAAUCAGGGUUUUAACUAUUAGAAACAUGCAGCAGAUCAAAUGGCCAGUCUGUUUUCCAGUAGAGUAUAGUAGGUCAUUGACUGUAGCAGCAGCAUGUAGAUCAAACCAAUACAGUUCAAGGUGUUGGUAACACGUCACUCAAACGCAUCACACUUUAAAUUCACUGCCUUUGUUUUUGUGGAAUUCACUUCAAUUUUUAAUCAUGUUUUUUGUGUGCUUUACACAGUAUAUUGUUCCUCUUCCUUUCUCAUAAUACUCCAAUGAAUACCACUGUUUCCAUUAUUCAGCUUAGUGUUCUGUUGUGUCUCAAUAUCAGUUAUAUUUACUCUGCUUGUAAUCUUACCAUACUGUAUUUCAUUGAUAAGUACUUUUAUUUUCAGUGAUUUUUCUGUGAAACUUGGUGAGUUGCAAUUUCCACGCUAGUAUUCCUCUCUCUCCUGUUCAGACUGGUUUGACAUCGAACACCCAUCCUUAUACAUUCCUCAGUCUGGCAUAGCAACACAACCCUAAUGACCAAACUAACAUCCUAAACCAUUUGGCCAAAUACGACUCAAUAUGCAUGUUAUCUAGGUCGUCGGUAUCAUCUUUAGUAUUCUCAGUUGUUUUUCGUUUUUUAUUUGCACAAAUGAUUCCACCUUUAUGACCAUGCCUUUGUCUUCACUGUCAGACCAUUGGUGUGUGAUGAUGCCUUCAAAAACACCACUUUGCUCAUUUAUUUAAUAAUAAUUGCCUUGUUCUUUUCAUAUAGUUCUUAUAAAUUUCUCUUAUAUUUGUGUGUAUGUUUACGGUUCCAAACAUGCCAACAUUAAUUACAUGUCAUUCUUUUUCUUCUUUAAUUUUACUGUACUCAAAAUAAAACUGCUAAUUGUCUAAA